UCCAUUCAAAAGUUUUUUUUAUGUUGUUAAAACAACAAGGAUAUUAGUUGUCAGCGUUUGUUUAACUACCGCGCGAUGCUAUGUUUAUGUUAGCCGCCUCUCAUACCCGUCAUGCAUUGCGUGUUAGUCACGUGGUCUGACAUUCUCUAUCGAAAAAGAAAAGCCCCAGACUGUGACUGAAAUGGUCUGGUAGCUAACUUGGUGGUUCUUUAUUAGCAUGUCUGGCCUGUACAGUGUGAAAUUUUCUCAUCUAUCAUGUGAGGUCAAGUUCAUUCAAGUUCAGUGUCCUACAGUUAUUCAAUAAAUGCUUGUGUUGGCGGCUGUGUGCAAGUCAUCCAAGCACAACACAGAGGAGGCAAUGUUUUCAGUGUAGACUUUAUUGAUUUUAAUAAAUGGAUUUUCUGACCAUUACAUUGAACAUAAAUCCAGCUUUUCUGCAUUGGCACUUGCGGGCCGGGCAAGUAAAAUCAAAGCGUAAUAACCUAUAAAUAAUGAUAACUCCAAAUUUUUCCCUUUGUUUUAGUGCAACAGUGAAGUGCAUUCUGAACAUUUUCACGUUUAAUAAUCUUAAGUUAAAAAAAAGCUUUGUCAUUAUACACAGUGUACUUUGAAAUUACAGAUGACUUUCUCCCUUUGAAACAAGCAAGAUAAAUGAAUCAAGAUUACGAAUUAAAAAAACAAUAGUGGAGUAAAAGACAUGAAGAGAAAUCUUUGCAAAAAUGUGCAACUGACUGCGUAUAACAAAAGAACAGAACACUGCAAAAGUGAUACAGUGGCAGACAGUGCCAAACAUUAUGAACAACCUAAAAUUUCCAAAGAAAAGUACUUCAACAUAAAAUUUCAACAAUAUUAUGGCUCAGUUUAUCAUUUCCACAUUGCAACUUACAGAUCAGUGUGUCUACAAAAGCACCAAACAUUUAGUUACAGGUAUCUGGAACUGAACAAUGUAGUAUUUUACUUUAUGAUCAGAACAACUGGUCAGUGUCUAGGGAGUAUUUAAAAUUUACAGCUGUCUUCUCUCUAUUUUUCUUUUACCAUGGUCCAUAUGUUUGACAUCUCUGAUUUAGAUGUUCAUGAAUCAUCCUGCAAUGUCCUCAUUACUUCUGAAACCAGCAUGGAAGCUGGGUGAAAGUUAACAUCCAGUUUUUCUUUUCUUCUCACAGCUGAGUUUGUCUUUGUGGACCUGACUUCACUAAAAUCCGUGCGUCAGUUUGCUCAGACAUUCUUAGACAGAGGUCUACCACUCCACAUUCUGGUUAACAACGGUAGGUUGCACCAGCGUCACGGUGUAAGGGUCUUUCUAGAACUGAAGGACAUUUGGGCUUCAAAAUUUUUGAAAAUUUAACCUUCUCUUUUACAAUUUUCUGCUCCAUAUGCAUCAAUAAUAAACGAUCAAAGUAUUGAUUGGCUCAGCUUACACUUCAGUGGUACCAUUUUUAUUCCACAUUUAUUUGUUGUUUGCUAACCCGUUAAAGUACGCGGCCCGCGGGUGGGCCGUUUUGAUAUCGGUAUACGCUUUUUUUUAAAUAGAAGGACACUGCAAACACGAUUAUACAAACACUAUUGUUCUGCCCGCAGAUGACAAUUCAUCAUUUCUAGUUAAAUAACAUACAGUUUAAAAAGCAAGUUAAAAGUAUUUCAUCAGAAUUUUAUUGUGAAAGAUCAAGUUGGAAGUAUUUCAUCGGUGUUUUACUGUGAAAGGUUAAAAAGGAUCUGCUUUGCAUUGUGGGACAGAGAUGCUCAUAUGUACACACGCAGAGAGAAGCAGACACAUGGUGACAGCAUUCCUCCUGUUACGUUUUUUCCUACACCCGCGAAAGCAAUGGCUGAUCUGCUACAGCUCCCAUGGUGCUUACUCCCAAAGCAAACUGGCUCUGGUCCUCUUCACCUACUUCCUGCAGGAGCAGCUGACAGCCGGCGGCUUCGCUGUGACGGUAAACGCCGUGGACCUCGGCAUGGUAGACACAGCUUUAUACGUCAACCUGUGGAGCCUCGCCCAAGCGCUGAAGAAGCCUGUGGCGAAGACACUGUUCAGAACUCCAGCAGAGGGAGCGUCCGUAUCCAUCUAUGCGGCGGCUGCUGCUGAGAUGGAGGGAGUAGGGGGCUGUUAUCUGUACAACGGCGUGAAGACGCAGUCCUCCGAUCUUUCCUACGACUCCGAGCUGCAGGUGAAGCUGUGGAAAAAGAGCUGCGAGCUUGUGGCCCUCCAGAAGACCUGAUUGGCUUUGCUGUGACCUCCAGACUGGUUAGUUCCACAUCGCUACCAGUCACUGAGGAAUGAAAAACAAUACCAAACCACUGCCUGACUUUACUUUCAACAUCAUGAAAUAUUCACUUAACACUCGUUAGGGCCCGACUGAUAUGGAUUCUUUGAGGCCGAUGCCGAUUCCAAUAUUUGGCAAAAAAUAUUCCGAUGACCGAUUAAUCGCCGAUUAAUUUAGAAGAUGUAAUGAAUAAAAUAGCUUCUUUUUUUGGUCCCUUAAUGCCUACAACAACAAAGUUUUGAACUACAGGCAGAACAUUUGACUGUUUUACAAUACUUUGUCCUUGAGUAUUUGUUUAACUUUACAACAGAGAGAAAUUUUCAAGAACAAAUACAUGCAACAAAGCAUUAAACCUCUGGGAAAUUAUAUAGCCUUAAAUAAGUGUCACUAUAUGAAUGAGUUAUGAAAUACACCUUGUCUUGUACUUCUUGUUGCUGCAAAUUAGAGGUAGGUUAUAGUACAGGUUAAGUUACUGGCACAACAUUAUUUCUGCACCCCACUGAUGCCCUUUAAUCUUAAAUCACAUUUUCUCUACUCCAUUAUUUUCUUUGCCAUGAAGUCAUGACUCCUAUGAGCCAAAAUAUACACCAGAGAACCUUUCUCAGAUGUAAUACUUGUCAUCUUUGACAGCGUCGCGGUUUAAAUAUAUAAUGGUCACAAAUGGUACGACACUAAUGUUCCUCCAUAACAGCACACACAGUGAGUUGCUGUUCCAGCCUGUGUCAUGUUGUAGUAUUUUCUGAAUGGAGUCAGAACUCCAUGUAUUGGACAAACGGUGAAAGGACAUCAUUCUGCAUGACUCCGACACUUAACAGCAUUUACUGUUUUAUGACGGAGUAAGAAUAUAUCGGCAUUUAAAAGGCAAAAUUCCGGUCGAUGACGAUUAUUUUGAAAAGGGCUAUAAUCGGCUGAUAAAUUGGUCGGGCACUAUUAAAUGUGUCUCACAAGCCCAGCAGCUUUCACUGAGUGUGUUUUGGACAAGAUGUGUGCUGAAUGAAAGAUGUGUGCUGAAACUAGUCAAAGUAGCCUCCAUACAAAUGGAAGUAACCCCAAUAUAAUGACCAAUGAUUGUAAAUUCUGUCACCUCUCAUUAACUGUGUAAUUUCUGAUGUAAACGGAAUAUUUCCUCUUAUUGGAAAUACAGGCCCCCCGUGUAGAAACGAAACUCAACGCAACUGAAUUGACUGAUUGAAAACAGCAAAUGUGCCCCUGCAAAAGUAAACUUUACAAAAUGACCCGAAAACACACCUGAUAUUGAAUAUUGGGAGCAAGGGCGUCAGUUUGUUUUCAAAAGUGGGGGGGAUGGAGACUGGCAAAAGUGACUUUUGAGAAGUGCUUGGGAUGAUGACUGUAAUUGAUGUUGCUUUUGGUAUGCUACUAUAAAAUGCAUAAGAGUUAUUUCAUGUUUUAAGUAAUUGUCAUGUAUUGAAUAAAACCCACUUGAGAGCUGUGCCGACACUUUUA